CUUGCCCCAGCCACUCACGCGCCAUUCCGAUCACCACUACUACUGUCAUCCCCUCAUAGCACUAUGACAGUCCCAACAGACAUCGAGUCCUUCGUCAGGGAGUUCUACCGACUCUCUGACGUUCCCGACGACCAGUAUCUCGACCUCUUCCAUGACGAGUUCGAGUUCCACAUCGGCGACCGAUACACAAACUCUCGAGAAGGUCUGCGCGAGAUGCGGAAGCGCGGCGCAGCAGCAGUCGCAAGCCGCGUGCACCAUGUUCACCAUCUCUACUUCAACGAGAAGAAGCCCAACCACGUCGUCGUAGUGGGCAGCAUUGAUCUCGACCGCCUCGCGGAUGACAUGCAGAUUCGCGGGCUACCAUGGAUGGCCAAGCUCGACAUGCGGGACGGAAAGAUCGAGAAGUAUACUGCCUAUGUUCACUUCCCACCCGUUCAGACUGAGUAGGUUUGUAAAUCUUGAGUUGUAGGGAUAGAUCUCGGGAUGUGAAAGGUUCCAC